GCGGGCGGGGCUCGAGGCCUAGCUUCCAGGAAUCCGUACGCUAGCGGGGCCUGCUUAGCUCCCUGCGCACCCCUGUUCUUCCCGGGAGCCCCGCUGGGCGCGCCCGUCCGGGCAGCACCUCCCUGAGCCAUGUUUUUCACCUGUGGCCCAAAUGAGGCCAUGGUGGUCUCAGGUUUCUGCCGAAGCCCCCCUGUCAUGGUGGCCGGAGGAAGGGUCUUCGUCCUGCCCUGCAUCCAGCAGAUCCAGAGGAUCUCUCUCAACACUCUGACCCUCAAUGUCAAGAGUGAAAAGGUUUACACUCGCCACGGAGUCCCCAUCUCAGUCACUGGCAUUGCCCAGGUGAAAAUCCAGGGGCAGAACAAGGAGAUGCUGGCGGCCGCCUGCCAGAUGUUCCUGGGGAAGAGCGAAGCUGAGAUUGCCCACAUUGCACUGGAGACGUUAGAGGGCCACCAGAGGGCCAUCAUGGCUCACAUGACUGUGGAGGAGAUCUAUAAGGACAGGCAGAAAUUCUCAGAGCAAGUUUUCAAAGUGGCCUCAUCAGACCUGGUCAACAUGGGCAUCAGUGUGGUUAGCUACACUCUGAAGGACAUUCACGAUGACCAGGACUAUUUGCACUCACUGGGGAAGGCUCGAACUGCUCAGGUCCAAAAGGAUGCUCGCAUUGGGGAAGCAGAGGCCAAAAGAGAUGCUGGGAUCCGGGAGGCCAAAGCCAAGCAGGAGAAGGUGUCCGCCCAGUACCUGAGUGAGAUUGAGAUGGCCAAGGCCCAGAGGGACUACGAGCUGAAGAAGGCUGCUUAUGACAUCGAGGUCAACACUCGCCGAGCACAAGCUGAUCUGGCCUAUCAGCUUCAGGUGGCCAAGACGAAGCAGCAGAUUGAGGAGCAGCGGGUGCAGGUGCAGGUGGUGGAACGCGCCCAGCAGGUGGCAGUGCAGGAGCAGGAGAUUGCCCGGCGAGAGAAGGAGCUGGAAGCCCGCGUGAGGAAGCCUGCAGAAGCAGAGCGCUACCGGCUGGAGCGCCUAGCAGAAGCAGAGAAGUCUCAGCUGAUCAUGCAGGCGGAGGCUGAGGCUGAGUCUGUGCGGAUGCGUGGGGAAGCCGAAGCCUUUGCCGUGGAGGCCCGGGCUCGAGCAGAGGCGGAGCAGAUGGCCAAGAAGGCCGAAGCGUUUGAGCUGUACCAGGAUGCAGCGCAGCUAGACAUGCUGCUGGAGAAGCUGCCCCAGGUGGCCGAGGAGAUCAGUGCCCCCUUGACCUCGGCCAACAAGAUCACACUGGUGUCCAGCGGAAGUGGGACCGUGGGGGCGGCCAAAGUGACCGGUGAGGUCCUGGAUAUCCUGAGCCGCCUGCCGGAGAGCGUGGAGAGACUCACGGGCAUCAGCAUCUCGCAGGUGAACCACAACAAGCCUAUGCGAACAGCUUGAGCCCCGGCCCUGGAAGAUGCCCUGCCUCGUCCUUCCGUUACCUGAAGAGUCCAUGUUGCAUGCAGACCAACCUGGCUUCCUGCGCAUGCCCUUAGACAGUGGGGCCCGCCCCCCAGCCCUCCUGGCCAAAAUCACCUGUGCCUUGCCUUGGAUGGGGGGAGGCCUUCUCCCCUAGCCAACCCCACACUGCCAAGACUGCCCUCCCUCGCUCAUACCAGCCUGCUCGGUAUCCCAACCCCAUUCAGCUGUGAGCUGGUGCCACCCAUGCUUUCCUGAUCAAGCCUGAGGGGUGGCCUGGAGUUUAACUUUACAUGCCAAAUAUAUUGUUGUCAAGGACUGUCAUUUACGAACCAUUAAUAAAGCAGUUCCACAUGAA